AUGGAACGCGGGAGAACUAGACUGCCUCUUUAUAUUUUUGAUGAAAAGUUUGGAGAAUCUGCACCUGGCUUGUUGGAAGAUUAUAAUGUGCCCCAAAUAUUUCAAGAAGACUUCUUUGAUGUUUUAGAUAGGGAUAGUCGGCCACCAUUGAGAUGGCUUAUCAUUGGGCCAGAGAGGUCUGGUGCCUCUUGGCACGUUGAUCCAGCACUUACCAGUGCCUGGAAUACUCUUCUUUGUGGUAGUAAAAGGUGGGCAUUGUAUCCUCCUGGAAGAGUUCCUUUGGGUGUUACAGUGCAUGUAAAUGAUGAAGAUGGUGAUGUCAACAUUGAUACUCUGUCAUCAUCACAGUGGUGGCUUGAUUAUUAUCCACUUCUUGCUGAUGAAGACAAGCCAAUUGAGUGUACUCAGCUGCCUGGGGAGAAGAUAUUUGUUCCAAGCGGAUGGUGGCACUGUGUCCUGAAUCUGGAAGCAACUGUUGCUGUGACACAAAAUUUUGUAAAUUCCAGAAACUUUGAAUGUGUAUGUUUAGAUAUGGCUCCAGGUUACCAGCAUAAAGGGGUUCGUCGUGUUGGAUUGCUUGCUCUUGAUGGAGGCUGCUUAGAGAACAUGGAGAAGAACAUGUCCUGUGACAAAGACAAUUUUAAUUAUUCAGAUCUGACAAGGAAAGAGAAGCGGGUUAAAUUUCCAAGUUCUCAAGACAGUGAAAAUCACGAAGGAAUUGCUAAUGGUGCUUCUAAAAGAUAUAAUCUAUGGAAACAUGGCUUUUCUUAUGAUAUAAGUUUCUUGGCUAUGUUUUUGGAUAGAGAGAAGGACCACUAUACUUCUCCAUGGAGCUUGGGCAAUUGCAUAGGGCCACGAGAAAUGAGGGAAUGGCUUGCCAAGCUUUGGGUUAGAAAACCGGGAAUGAGAGAGCUGAUUUGGAAGGGAGCAUGUCUUGAAAUGAAUGCAGACAAAUGGUUGGAGUGCUUGGUGAAAAUCUGCUCAUUUCACAAUUUGCCUUUUCCCAAUGAUGAUGAGAAGCUUCCUGUUGGAACAGGCAGCAAUCCUGUCUAUGUCAUGGAUGAAUAUGUGGUGAAAAUCUUUGUUGAAGAAGGGCUGGAAUCUUCAAUACACGGUUUAGGCACUGAGCUUGAAUUCUACAACACUCUUUGUGAAGUUAAUUCCCCUUUGAAAAACCACAUUCCUAUUGUAUUGGCUAGUGGGAUUCUGCACUUGGAAAAUGGAACUUACAAGAUUGAUUCUUGGGGAGGAGGCGAUGUUUUCCCUUUUGAUGUACGGAGCAAGAAAUUCUUUGAAUAUAGAAAAGCUGUGUCACCAGAACCUGGACCAGGGAGUUCUGCUGGAUGCUCUUAUAUCUGGCCUGAUCUCAUAACGAAGCGUUGCAAAGGAAAAAUAAGAGAUGAACUAUCAUUGGACGAUACGCUUAAUUUAGCUUCCUUCUUGGGAGAGCAGCUACAAAACCUUCAUAGUUUACCCUAUUCAACUGUUUCGGAUGUUGAACAGGAGUGUUUUUUUGCCAAUGACAUGGACAUCGAUUUUGUCUCUCACAAAUUAGAUAUUCCAGCUGAAUGGGAACUCGUUGUGAGAACUCUAAGUCGGAAGAAGAAGGAUGUUUCCAGCCGCUUGAAAAAAUGGGGGGACCCUGUUCCUGAGAAGCUGAUGGAGAAAGUUAAUGCGUACCUCCCUGAUGAUUUCCUGAAGCUGCUUUCUGUAUCUGAGGUUUUUAGUAGUCCCAUUAUUCUUUUUUCAAUAUUUCUGAUAUUCCCUCUUGAUAUUAUGUUUGGAAUAUCUUGCACAGUUAUACGUAACGCUGUUCGUUACUUUUCAGGUGAUCCCCUUUAUGACGUGAUACCAAUGCAUUUGGAUAUCUUUAGAGGCAAUUCAUGUCUCCUCAAGCAGUUUCUCCAAAGCUAUAAACUUCCGUUGAUGCAAAAGACACAAGAGCAUGGAUCGCUCACUGCUAGCGAUAAGUUCAGACGACUUUCGUACCAUGCCAUGUGCUACUGCAUUUUGCAUGACGAUAAUGUAUUGGGGGCUAUAUUUAGUACAUGGACCGAACUUAAAACAGCAGAAUCAUGGGAAGAGGUUGAGCAGACAGUAUGGGGAGAAUUAAAUAACUAUGAAGGCGUCGCUUGACGUGUUUGUCCGACUCGUCAUUUUU